GACACAGCGGUCACAGCGAUGGAGGCAUGGAUGUAGUGUUAUGGCACACAUUAGUGUAGGUUUUUUUUUAAUUUAUUUUAAAUAAUACCCCAGAAUCGUCGACGUUAAAUGUCUUAUCUUUUUAAACAUAACAAGUCGAUGCUUUAAAAUUUAAUUUCUCCGGUACUUACAUUAUCUGCCUCGUCUUUUCUUUUUUACUGUUAAGUUAGUUGACUAUAGGAUGUAAAUUAAUGAACGUCGAUAUUGUUAAUAAUCACAUUGUUUGAGGUAAAGCUAUGCGUGUGGUCAGUUUUGUGACAGCAGGUGAUUAAUGGCGAUGUGGCUGGAUGAACUCUCUUUGACUGGCUAACUUGUUCAAGAUGCGGUAUGUUUAUUAGGUUUGGCAGAGCCCUAACCCGGAUCCGGGAGUCCCUGGGCAAGACUUGCUUUUUUGAUCACCAUCCACAUUAUCGGGUGUCAUCAGCGUCCUGGAGCCACCCAGUCGUGUCGCUGGCUGCAAAAUCCCAGCCAUGGGUUCGCCUAUCAGGCGAUCGGCGAUACAGUGGGGACUCUCUCGUCAUUUCCCGUCUAGGACGAGGCAAAUGCUUUCUUGGGCCGGACCUGUUCUUCCUCUCCUGCCCGCAAAGCUCAAAGUUCAACGUGCGGCUACAAUCCACAUCCGUGUCCUUACCGGGUAAAAAACAGGGAGCAGCUACAGCAAAGAGGCCGCCCAAGGGACCAAGGACCAAGCAGCCAUCCCGAGCCAAUGUAGCCGCCCAAGAGGACGAUGGCACGGAAGUAAUGCAGUGUGUCGCAUUUGCCACUGCCGACCACUACGUGUUACCGUCGCUCUGUCAUGACCUGGUAGCCAACGGGUUCUUUGAAGUCAAAGACUUUCCCAGAGAUGCUUCCAACGUCCUCGUCAUGGGCACGGAGAUGGCAGCGAAGCCCUAUGACCAACCGCUCAUGUUUUUCUUCCGGGAAGGUGCUGUUGUUUUCUGGAAUGUGGAGGAGAGGACGAUGAAGCUGGUGAUGAGGACCCUGGAGCAGCACGAGAUCCAGCCAUAUGAGGUGGCCCUCGUGCACUGGGAGAACGAGGAGAUCGGCUACUCCCUGGGCGCAGGGAGCUCCAAACUGCACCAUGGGAGCUUCCACCUGGACAGCGAGCUGGAGCAGGACCUGGCUGUGCUGGAGAAGUUCGCGUUCUCCAACGCGCUCUCGCUGUCAGUGAAGUUGGCCAUCUGGGAGGUGUCUCUGGACAACUUUGUUGACUCGAUUCAGUCCAUUCCUGAGAUGCUCAAGUCGGGGAAGAGAGUGAAACUGUCCAGAGCAGAGGUCAUGCAAAAAAUCGGCGAGCUCUUCGCCCUGCGACAUCGGAUCAACCUCAGCUCGGACCUGCUCAUCACCCCCGACUUCUACUGGGACAGAGAGAACCUGGAGCAGCUCUACGAUAAGACUUGCCAGUUCCUCAGCAUCAAUCGCAGAGUCAAGGUGAUGAACGAGAAGCUGCAGCACUGCACCGAGCUGACGGACCUGAUGCGGAACCACUUGAGCGAGAAACACGGACUGCGGCUGGAAUGGAUGAUCGUCAUUCUCAUCACCAUCGAGGUCGGGAGGUCAUGUUUGCAAGUGGCAGGGUGCCUUGGUCGCUCGGUGGGGAAGGCAGUCACCGGGUCCAUUCCCCAAAUACUGUGUGUGUGUGUGUGAAACACUGUGAUUCAACAGGCAGAACCUUGGGCAGAGGUCAAAGUUGUCUUUUUGGGGAUCAGGAGAGGGCUUUACAAUGGAAGAUCAAUGGGGCAAAUAGACAAAAAAAAUAGCCAUUAUACCAGAAACAAACAAAUACUCACUGUAAAUACACAGAAUGACAAUGACUUUCCUGUCUUGACCAAACUGGUCCACAUUAUAGGGGCCAAAACAUGCCAAUUUGUACAAGUCACAGGGAUAAUGGAACAAGUCAGCACAGUUAUUAGUCACAUGAUGCCAGUGACCCCACUGCUCCUCCAACCACCUGAAGCGGAUCGUUAAACUGCGUAUGAAGAAUCAUCUCUAAAACUGGCAGGAAGGGUCAGGUGCAUUUUGAGAGUGAAUUCAUAAGGGUUGACAUGCCUGGACUUUGACAUUGAUUAACUACAUUACAUCAUUAAUAGAGUUAAUCAUUCUGGUUCUUGAUACUGGUGUUUUCAGAGGAGUGUCUGUGGACAGGAAGUUUAUUGAUAAACAAGCAUGGAUUAUACCCCGGUGGUGGCAAAACAGUGAUGUAAUCAAAGGGUUGUGCUGUUCAAACGCUGCCGGCUUCUUUACCACAGGCAAGUGCUAUGAUAUCCAGCUUCCCGCCUCAGCCCUUUCCUCAUUGGAUAUCUGAGUGUGAUUGAGCUCCUUGCCAGCAAACCAAAGAGUGCUUUCAGGUGCUUGAUUUAUUUGCCAUGCUACUGCAAUCUUCCUAAAAGCAUUCCUUUUCUUUGCCCCCGGUAGGUAAUGUUUGAACUUGCAAGAGUCAUCUUCUGAUCAGCUCCCCCUCCGAUGGACAUUCUUCUUCACGGCUGCAGGGGGUGCACGUUUCAGCGGUCAUUAGAAGAGAAGAGUAUAUUUAGGAAUUUGUUUAAUUACUGCAAGUACAUGUAGAUACUGCACUCAUUUUAAGUAUGAAGAACGCUGGCAGUAUCCGUCAUUUUACUUCCACAGGCUGGCACAGAUUAUUGAAAUGCGUUGUGGACCUUCCAUUUGGAUUGAAGCGUGGGCUUCUCCUCCACUUCCCCUGCUUUUCUGAGUGUGGAAUCCACCUGGAGUGGUGUCUCAGCUAAUUCACAGGUGUGGCCGGAUAAAGUCAAGCUGUCCCUCCCCCUCCCCAUGUCAAGCUGUCGUUUGGGCAGGUGUUUCCUCAAACUCCAUGCCCUGUAAAUCCCUGGUGACUUUUUGACAAACUGGCUGUUGAUUAAUGGUGUUUUUCUCCAGCCCUGGACGCUGCCUUGGGGAUAAAGUUCUAACACAGGGGAGAAGUGAGCACAAGCAGAUCAAGGAGAGCUGAGAUGUGGACCAUGGUUUUGGUUUUACUGAGAGGGAGAUCUAGAGGUCUGACCACUUAGGCUAUGUCAGUAUGUGCUCCUGGUGCUGUACUGUCUGAUUCUGUUGCUCAUGUCUUUCUGUAUUUUUUGCAAGUGUAGCUAUGCUAUUUAUAAAACAAAUAAAAUCUCGUACAUGCUGUUA